UUUUUUUCAGACGGCAGGACAUGCAGAUGUGGUCGUCCUUUAUUUUCCCAAGACGAGUAAUGGACUGAGGCGGAAGAAGAGAUGCUUCAGAGUACCUCCUCCUAUCCAAUAUCCUGAGAAUUACAAUGGACCCUUUCCAUUUCUAAUAGAUCAAAUUUACCCAUUGAAGUCCCUCAGCAUCACAGGUCCAGGAGCCGAUGAAGACCCUGUAGGACUUUUUACAAUCGACAAAGACACUGGUUUUCUUUAUGCUCAUCAGACAGUUGACAGAGAGAAACAAGAACAAUAUAAGCUGAUGGUGCACUUUACUGAUCCUGUUCAUGGGUCAGGGGAAGAAGAGGAAACUAUAGAAAUUAUCAUCAACAUAAUUGACAUGAAUGACAACGAACCUGUUUUUGAACAGACAUCCUAUGUGGGAGAAGUAGCUGAAUCCUCGCCAAAAGGGACUACAGUGAUACGGGUUAAAGCCACUGAUGCUGAUGAGCCAGGAUAUUAUUACUCGAUUGUCAAAUACACUAUUCUGAGCCAGGAACCAAAGCUGCCCAGUGACCACAUGUUUGUCAUUAACACCGUCAAUGGAGCCAUCAUGGUUGAAGAUGCUGGUUUGGACAGAGAGACGUAUCCUGAGUACACUCUGGAAAUACAGGCAGCAGAUCUGAGAGGAGAAGGAUUAACUGGAAAAACAAAAGUAGUUUUGAAAGUGACGGACAGCAACGACAACGCUCCAGUCUUUACUGAAUCUACUUAUCGGGGAUCAGUUGAUGAAAACGCAGUGGGGGUUCAGGUUGUUAAAUUGUCAGUAACUGAUAAAGAUGAACAGAACACCCCAGCAUGGAACGCCAAGUUCAAGAUUAUCAGUGGAGAUCCUGAGAAGUUGUUUUCCAUAGAAACAGGAUCCAACAAACAAGAAGGAAUCAUCAAAACUGCUCAGGGACUGGACUUUGAGAAAAGCAGAACACACACUCUAUCUGUUAUUGUGGAGAACGACGUUCCUUUUGCCAUUCAAAUGACCACCUCCACCGCCACAGUGGUGGUGACCGUGAAGGACAUCAACGAGCCUCCAGUCUUUAAAGAUCAGCAGAUGUUUGUUCAAAAGCCUGAGGAGCUUCCUGUGAACAGUGUGAUCACAAACUGUGAGGCAAAAGACCCAGACUUUGCACAUAAAAACACUGUCAAGUAUAAAAUAGGUAGUGACCCAGCAGGCUGGCUGAACGUUGACGAGAAUACAGGCCUGGUGACGGUGAAAAGACUCAUGGACAGAGAGUCUGCUUUUGUGAAGAACGACACAUACACAGCACUCAUCAUUGCUUAUGAGGACGGUGUAGUCCCAGCCACAGGAACUGGAACCCUGUCCAUUACACUUGAAGACGUCAAUGAUAACCCUCCAUUCAUCGAGGAGCGUAACAUUACGGUUUGCAGAGAUGACUCAACUCCUGUGCUGUUGACUGUAACAGACAAAGAUGGACCGCGUCAUUCUGCUCCAUACAACGUGAUGGUCCAUGAAAUAUCCAAACCCAACUGGAGCGUUCAGAUGAACAGAGACAAAACUGGAGUUGAACUGGUUUUAAAUUCCAAUGUGUUGAGUGGAACUUACCCAGUUAUCCUGAGAGUUUCAGACACUGAUGGUUUGGAGCAGGACUACUCCAUACAAGCUGAAGUGUGCAACUGUGUGGAAAACGAAAGAGUGUGUGCUCCACUGAGGAACAGUUUGGGCGUCGUCCAGGGUGUAGUUGGGGGAAUCCUUCUGUUAUCUGGUUUAUACUACUGCACGUGA